UAUACCUCGACCCUGCAUGGGCGGGCGCUGGCUUUUGCUGCCGGUUUGCAUUGCCUUCUCUUGCUAUAUCAGGUGGCUGCCAGCCUUCAUUGCAGCCAGAAAACGGCUGUUUCAGCAGCGCCUUGGCCCCAGACGAGCUGCGGCCGAGGACAAUCUCCUGGGACUCGAUGAGGCCACCGUGUCCUUGCACAAGAAGUACCAUGAAGCCACGAUUACAUACACAGCCAUGAAUAUCGACUGGGCUCAGCACAAGGGGUAUGAGAACGAUGGUGGCCUCAAUCCCGAAGAGCAGCUGGCAGUGGCAGCAGCUGCUCGCUCGCGGCUCUUUCGGUGGCCUGCACUGGACCCAGAAGAUCUACAUGAGGUCCGAUUUGGUCCUGAUCGUCAUCGCUUUUGUCCCUCAGCUGAUUCCCCUGAAGCCCUGGGAGAUCCUGGUGAAAACGUCUUUGUCAUCAGCCAGAUGCGGCGCCCCAGCCGCUUGCGGCAUGCGUUGCAUGAGUUGUACCGCGAAGGCAUCAGCGCAAAGAUCGUUGAUGCAGUGGAUGGCGACGGUUUUCGCAGCCAGGAUGAGAUGGAAACGCUUGGAAUUCUGCCAGUCCCUGGCUAUGUUGGUCACAAGAACCAUGGCAUCCAUUUGACCACCGGCGAGGUAGGAUGCUUCAUGAGCCACUUCACCAUUUGGCAUCACAUGGUCCAGCACCAGCUUCCAGCGGCCUUAAUCCUGGAAGACGACUUUGACCUGCAGCCCGACUUCGCGUCAAGGUUAGGUGCUUACCUGGAGGAGGCACGUGGCUACGACUGGAAUCUGAUGUACGUUGGGCGCAGCCCUACGGAGGCGGAUUGGUCUAGGCUGAGCGAUCACGUGGUGGAACCAGGCUACACCCUGUGGACAGUGGGCUACAUUCUCCGCUUGGAGGGCGCCAAAGCCUUGUUGGAUGCGCAAGUCGAGCGCGCCUUCCUUCCCUUGGACGACUUCUUUUCGGUGGCCGCGGGGCGGGGGAUGGACGGCUUCUACAAUGACAAGGUCCUGGAGUGGAAACCGCAUGUGCCGGUGCUGCUUCGGCCCUUUGCUUUGACCCCUCCAUUGGUCAUGCCGUACGUUGGCUCCAUGUUCCUCAGCGAUACUGCCAAGGUGAGAAAAGCCACCCGCUACGUCGAGGACCUCCCUGUGAGUCAGGAUGACCGGUGACCCGCGCGAAAA